UUAGGCAACGGACAUGUGUCAUUGCUUUGUAUGUCCACGUGUUACGUGUCCGCCUCAUUUUCUUUGAGCUUGCUGGGUUUUUGUUAAAUUUGAACAGUAUGACAUUACAAAAGGCAACAUUAUGAUGGCAAAAUAAGUUAUAUUAGGCUACUGUUUGCUGGGAAAGCUGUGGCAAGCAUUAGAGGUCUGAAUCACCUAUAAAUUGAGUAAUAGGCCUACAUUUUUACUUUAAAAAAUGAAUUGGAUCUGUAAAAUUUGCAAAUUUGAAACACCAAGAAAGACUGAUCUCUUAAAGCAUUAUAGACUUAGACAUGGCCAUGGUGGAGAAUUUCUCCCUUGCCUUUAUUGGGAGUGUUGUUGCUCAUUUAAAACAUGGGGCAGCCUACGUACACAUCUGUCAAGAAAUCAUUCAACACGUGCAUUAGUGACACGAUCAGAAAUACUGUCUUUUAAAUGUCCAUGUUGCUCUUUAAACUCCAUUUCCACAGAAAGAGGAUACUUUGAGCACAUUAGCCACCAUUUAAAAAAACAGGAAACUGUCCCAUGUGUUUUUGAAAAUUGUUCUUUCAAAACAAACAUUUAUGGAACUUAUGCCUCUCACAGGAGCCGGAAACACUCACUGGACGUCUUCAAGCCUGAACUGUUGCAGAGGUAUGUCAAUCCCUUAAAUGCAGGGGAUGAUCCUAUUGUUGAGGAAGAUACUCAGGAAGCAGUGAGUGAUCUUAUAGAUGAAGAAAUUGGAGAAUUGCCUGAGUUAAUUGAGAAAAAUCUAGCCCACCUGCUGCUGAAAUUGGAAUGUAUAUUCAAUGUACCGCAAAUGUGUGUUAAUGAGUUGGUGGAAGAAUUGCACUUUGUUUCUUCAUCAGCUUCAGGUCCUAUUUUAAAAGAGAUUUUACAGUCAUGCAUAAAGAAGCAUAAUUGUGACAUUGAUGAUUUGGUAAUCUCAGAGAUGGUGACAGACCUAUGCGAGUGCAACCCAAUUACAUUAGCUCUAAGGAGUAAUGGACCUUUUUCCACAUCCCACAAAAGAAGAGUGUAUUUCAAGGAGCAUUUUUCCAUGGUGGAGCCGAUUGAGUAUUUGCACAGUGCCAGGGAGCAGAGAAGUUUCCAAUAUAUACCCAUUUUGAAGUCAUUACUUGAGGUUUUGAAGGUGAAAGAGAUCCAUGAUUUUCUCACACAUAAUUGUGAAACAGAUGGGAGAUCUGAAACUCAAUACAAGUCAUUUCGAGAUGGCACAAAUUUUAAAAACAAUGAAUUGCUAUCAGAAAAUAAUCCAGCCAUUUCUCUAAUUCUGUAUGUGGAUGACUUUGAGGUAUGUAAUCCACUCGGCACGUCAAGAAAAAAACACAAAGUUACUGCUGUGUAUUGGGUUCUAGCUAAUGUGCCACCUUUGCUCAGGUCCUCUCUGACAUCAAUCUACCUAGCCAUCCUCUGCAAGGCUGAGGAUUUAAAAAGGUUUGGCUAUAGUGCAGUGUUACAACCUCUGCUAAAGGAUCUUGCCAGCCUAGAAGAGGAAGGACUGUACAUUCCUUCUUUAGGAAUAAAUGUCAAAGGUACUGUGUACUGUGUUGUUGCAGAUAACCUUGGUGCCCACUCAAUCGGAGGAUUUGUGGAAAGCUUCUCAAGUACACAUGUAUGCAGGUUCUGUCUUGGAGAAAAAUCCCAGUUCCAAGUAAGUGAAGUCAGAACAGGAGCAUUUUGUCCUAGGACAAUACAAGAGCACAAGGUGCAUAUUCAGACAGCACAGGGGAAUACAAAUCAGUCUCAUUGUUGUGGAGUAAAAAGACAGUGCCCACUGACUGAAAAACUAAAACAUUUUGACGUCUUAUGUGGCUACCCACCUGAUUUGCUACACGAUCUCUUUGAAGGUAUUGUACCUUUAGAGUUAGCGCUGUGUCUAAAUGCAUUCAUCAAAGAGAGAUACUUCACAUUUAAUGAGCUAAAUCAAUUGAUUAAAGAGUUCCCAUACAGAUGGGCAGAUAAAACAGAUGCACCACAACCAGUUCCAUUGAGUUAUGCCACAAGAAAAAGUGUGGGUGGGAAUGCCCAUGAAAAUUGGGCUUUGCUUCGCCUCCUUCCUCUGAUAGUUGGAGAAAGAAUACCAGAGAGUGAUCCAAAAUGGCUGGUCCUUCUUAACCUAAAGGACAUAGUUGAACUUGUUAUUGCCUCUGUUCAUACAGACUCAACUAUUUGUUACCUUGACAGCAAGAUUUCUGAGCAUCGGCACAGAUUCCUGGCAGCUUUCCCACAGCAAACACUAAUUCCGAAGCAUCAUUUUCUAGAGCACUACCCACAGCUGAUAAAGGCUUUUGGCCCACUUGUGUCUUUGUGGACUAUGCGCUUCGAGGCUAAACAUAGCUUUUUUAAGCGUGUGGUCAGGCAUACCCACAGCUUCAGAAAUAUUCUGUUGUCUCUUGCAGUGAAGCAUCAGUUAAUGCUUGCAUACCAUCUACAUAGCAGUAAAAUUGUCCAAUCAUCUCUACAGGUAACAAAACUGUCAACAGUAAAUUUGACUGUGCUGAGGGAAGAUCUUAAGAAAGCACUGGAAACAAAACUCCCUGAUGCCCCAAUGUCUCAAUUACCCAAACUCCGCAUCAUUCUUCAGGACCAUGACAUUCGCAAACUGGACUUGCCUCAUGGAAUCCCUGGGACUGUGGCUGAACUUGAAUCAAUUGUGAAAGAGACAUUUGAGCUUAACGGGAACUUUACUUUGCAUUAUAAGGAUGCAGGUUUUGGAGAUGAAUAUUUUUCUCUUACCUCAACAAGUGAACUCCAGGACAAGGACACAAUAAAGGUGAUUCACGUUGUUGAACCUCCCACAUAUACUCUGACGUUUACUGAUCUGGACAGCACCAUUGAAAAUGAGACUUCCAUCCAUACCUCUGACCAUCCUUCAGUGACCUCCAUCAGUCCUAACAGCAGUUGCUCUACUGGAUCGGCUGAUACAGUCAUCCUCUCAUCACCUGAACACACAACUCGGCGUUCUCAGUGUUGGCCUACUGAAUUUCCAAUACCUCGUUUUGCCUAUGACACAGAACUUGUGCUAGCGUCAAGAAAUGAAGCUUUCAAAAAGGAUGGAAUUUAUCUGGUAUUCACCUCAAUCCUCCAAGAUAUCCUUGAGAAAGUGGCUGAAACUGUCUUUCAGUAUGUGGCCUACCCAACAAAUGCACAAUUGUCUGAUGUUGCUUUAGCACUAGUUCAAAAGCAUCCAUCCCUUAAAGAGCCGGGAUCAUAUAAUGGAUGCUAUGGAUGGCUACAAAGACUAAAAUAUAAAAUGGGAAAUUAUAGAUCAAAACUGAGAGGGUUAGGAUGUCCUGAAGUUGAUGUGAACUCUAUCAGAAAGAAGAGAGCACAUGACCGAGCACCUGCAAAAAAUAUAAAAAAGCCCAGAAGGGCAGAGGUGAACUAUUUACCCCCUCACCCACAAGGAGAAACUGAAGGAAGCUUGGAAAAUGAGAGACUGAACCUGUUUGAUGAAGUAAACAAGAGGGACAACCAUCAGAUCAUCACGGAAAAGAUGGCGAAGACUUUCUCCAUUCGUAGGCAAGAAAUCGUCAAUGAAGCACCAGCAGUCAGUGACUUGAUAGGCCGAUGGCCUGCUCUUUUUGAUGCAGCUCAGAUAAAUGAAGAAUUCAAACGCAUCUCUACCAUUAACCUGGAGCCGACAUUCAUGGCCAAACUGGACCAGUACUCCCCCAAAAUAAUGGCCUUGGUGUCCUCAAAAGGAGGGGCUGCAAAAAUAAAUAUUCAGCGAAUAAAGAACAUGUUGCUAGAGGAUGAUUCUGUGGAAAUGAGAAGAGAGGUUGCUAUUCGUGCCCUCAUUGUGUUCCUGAAAGAAAAGGAGGAAGACCUCUUCAAAGAGGAUGAUGGGGACAUUACCAACGACCUGAUGAAGAUUGUCAUAGCAAGAAGUGCCACACCAUCUAGCGCAAACAUUGUGAUUGAGGGAACCGAAGUCCUUGCAUACCUGAAUGUACCCAGAGCCUGUGCCUUGCUAAUGGGGCUGAUCUACUCGCUCAACCUAAGCUAUCCAAGGGAGUUGAGGCAUACUUUUGAGGUAUUUCAAAAGAUAUUCCUUGAGCUGGAUGGUCUGAAAGCUAGCCCAAGGGUAAUGUCUCUAAAAAAUAAGCUGCUGUGCUAAAAAUGUGAAGAAUUAAACUGCUGUCAUUGAGUUCCUCAGAAAAUGUAUCAAUAAUAUGACAAGUUUUGUUGUUCAUACAGAAGUCUUGCACUGUUGGCAUGCAAUUUAAUUUGUUUUAAUCCAAUUCUGUAUUUUUUUUGUAUUUGUAUUGUUUUUUUAAGAAAAGCAAAAAGGUACAAAGUAAAAGUUCCAUUGCCUUACAAGUUCCUUUUCCAUACUGUAAGUUGAAUGAUCGGAAAACUAUAGCCCAAAGGUAAUGUAUCUAAAAAAUGUACAGAAGUCUUGCACUGUUGACAUGCAAUUUAAUGUUUUAUUAAUCAAAUUCAAAUUGUUACUAUUAUUAUUUUAUUUUAAGAAAAGCAAAAAGGUACAAAGUAAAAGUUAUAUUGCCUUACAAGUUCCUUUUUAUAUAUGCUCCUUAAGUUGAAAGAAAACUUAAGCUCAAAGGUAAUGUAUCUGAAAAAUGUUACUCAGGAAAUGUAUCAAAGUUUUGUUGCUCAUACACAUAUAAAUAACACUGCCUCUUGGAAUUGAGUGUUCCAAAUCUGAUUUAUUUUAUUAUUUUAUUUUAAGAAAAGCAAAAAGGUGCUUACAUUUUCUGCAAAGGACAAUGUGCAAAAUGAGGCAAUGUUUUGUUUUUUGAUGCUUAGUCAGACUAAGAAUGUU